AUGUCUCCGUACCAAUUGGUUUAUGGCAAAGCUUGUCAUUUACCUUUAGAGCUGGAACACAAGGCUUUGUGGGCAUCAAAAUUCCUUAAUGUAGAUCUUGCUAAGGCAAGAGAGUCCCGAAUCCUUCAACUUCAUGAGUUGGAGGAAUUUCGGAAUCGAGCUUAUGAAAAUGCUAAAAUCUACAAGGAUCAAACCAAGAAAUGGCAUGAUCGUAGGAUCCAAAGGAAUGAGUUUUGGGAAGGACAAAGGGUACUCUUAUACAACUCCAGGUUAAAGUUGUUUCCAGGUAAACUACGGUCAAAAUGGUCAGGACCGUUUGUGAUUCACAAGGUAUUUCCUCAUGGAGCGAUUGAAUUGAAGAAAGAAGCUAAUGGAGAUACCUUCAAGGUUAAUGGGAAAAGACUGAAACUGUAUUACCAAGGCCAAGAGAGUGGCCAAAUUCAUGUUGUUCGUCUCGCAGGAUGA